AUGGCUGCCGAGUUCUGCAUUCAGAAAGUGGAAGAAUACAGAAAGCUCAUUCGUCAUAAUGAGACAUUCAUGUUGGUUUUUUGUGUUUUAAACUUAAUAUUUCCACUUGUGGGAGUUCUUGGGAAUCUCCUUGUUAUCCGUGCCUUGUGGAAAUCAUCGUCGAUUCCAGCCAAUUUAAGAAAGUUAUUCUUGAGUCUCGCUGUCUCUGAUCUCGCUGUUGGUUUGCUGGCUCAAUUAAUGUUCGGUGUAAUUAACGCAGUUAUGUUAAAGAUGGCGGAAUAUGGAAAUUAUGACAUCAGUUUCCUCUGUCCAACGAUUUCAAACGCACGUUUUUUCUUGUUACUUUUCCUAACUUCUGCGUCGUUUUUGACAAUAUCCGGCAUUGCAGUGGAUAGACUUCUCGCCAUUUCUCUCCAUCUCCGAUAUCAGGAGCUAGUAACUUCAAGAAAGAUUGUUUUGGCUUUGGCCGCGUCAUGGUUGGCUAGUACUGUCACGGCUUCUAUAUUUGUCGUCCUUCCUGAAAAAAAUACUCUUGUUGUCAUCGUUGUAGGUUUUGUUGGAUUUGUCGUAACAACAGCGGCGUACAUACGCAUUUAUAAAGUUGUGAGGUAUCAUCAGGCUCAAUUGCAGGCUCAGAGAGGAAGGUCAGAAGUUAAUUCAAUAGCCUUUCUCCGAGAAGGAAAGUCGGCCCUGAAUACUUUAUACGUCUAUAUAGUUUACUUCGUUUGUUAUUUCCCCUAUUUGUGUACUUUAGCCAUUUUGACAACAGAUAGUCUCAAUAUGUCAUUUAUACUCGCGAACCAUGUUUCGUUUUUCUUGAUUCUUCUGAACUCUUCAUUAAACCCUUUGGUUUACUGCUGGCGAUAUCGGGAGAUUCGGGAAAGUGUUAUAAGAAUGGUAAAGAAACUAUUUUGCUUUCCAGCAACUGAACAUUAAAGGAUGGAAUUGAAGACGAUAAGCUAACAGGAUAAGACUU